AUGAAUAAGUUUGUGGUAGUAUUCUUGGUGGCAGCAUUGCUGGGCAAUGUUUCGGCAGCACCACGUCCCCAAGUGGGUUACAACUACCAGGCCGGUGGAAUCAAUGGCAACAUUGUGGCACCACCAGUGACUGUGACGUCAUCCUAUCAGCCGACAGCAGCUGGCACCAAUUAUUACAAUUCAGUGCCCAGUAUUGGUCAAUAUAGCUCGUUGACGGGCAGCGGAUCCUACUCGAACAUCGGCAGCUCGUCUUCCUCCUCCUCUUCGUCCUCGUCCUCCGCGUCGAUUGAAGGCAGCGACAACAUUGGCUUGACUGGCAUCCAUCCGGGUCCAUCCAUUAAUUAUAACGAACAGGAAGCUUACAUUAGCCACUUGGCCAACUUCCAACCCGCUCAGAUUUCAAAGCAUUUCUACAUUCAUACCGCUCCCGAGGAUCAUGAUGAGCAGCAAAUUGUCCGCUAUGUGAAUGUUGGCAGGCCACAAAAGAACUAUCGUGUUGUCUUUAUCAAUGCACCCACAUCGACCACCAGCAAGGCCAAGAUUAUCGCCAAUGUGGCUCCAGUUGAGGACAAGACAGCCAUCUAUGUGCUCUCGAAGAAGUCGAACGCCCUGGAUGUCAGCGCUGAAGUGGUUACCCAGCGUCCAGUUAACCACAAGCCCGAGGUCUACUUCAUUAAGUACAAGACACCACAAGAGGCUCUGCAUGCCCAGCAGACCAUUCAAGCCAACUAUGAUGCUUUGGGUGGCAGCUCCCAGACCAGCGAUGAGGGCAUCAUUCCUGUCUCCUCGGUCAUCAAUAGUCUGGGUGACAACGGAGCCUCUGGUGUGGUCACCGAUAAUUCUGGAGCCAUAAACAUUGUUGGCACUGGUGGUGUGCCCACUGCCGAUGCUGGUUAUGCCAAUUUGGCCGGCAUUGUUGGUGAAGGCAGCAGCCGUCAGGUGAUUGAGACAAGUGGAACCGCCGGCUAUGGCACCAAUGCCCAGGUCACCUAUUUGCCAGCCAAGCCAGUAAGAAAGUAAAAUUUCUAAUCUUCCA